AUGGUACCCAGGGUGAGGGUUGAGGGGUGGGGUAAGGUGAGUGCUAAACCGUGGUGCAGGUUUCUUCCAGCGUGUCUGGGCUGUUUGGUCGUCAUGGAGGCAGUCUUGACGGAGGAACUUGAUGAUGAGGAGCAGCUGUUGAGAAGGCAUCGCAAAGAGAAGAAGGAGUUACAAGCUAAAAUUCAGGGUUUGAAGAGUGCUGUUCCCAAGAAUGACAAAAAGAGGAGGAAGCAACUCAUAGAAGAUGUUGCUAAGUUGGAAGCAGAAAUGGAGCAGAAGCAGAAAGAGGAGCUGGAGCAGUUGAAGCUGACAAAUAAGGAGAAUAAAAUAGAUUCUGUUGCUGUUAACAUUUCAAACAUGGUUCUUGAGACUCAGCAGCCUCGGAUAACAAAAGCACAAAAGAGACGGGAAAAAAAAGCUGCAUUGGAAAAGGAGCGGGAAGAAAGAAUAGCUGAAGCUGAAAUUGAGAACUUAUCUGGAGCCAGACACAUAGAGUCUCAGAAACUUGCUGAAAUAUUGGCCUCCAGGCAGUUGGAAAUUAAACAGAUUCCAUCUGAUGGCCACUGCAUGUAUAGAGCCCUAGAAGAUCAGCUGAAGGAACGGGAUUGCCCUCUGACUGUGGCUGUCUUAAGAAGUCAAACUGCUGCAUAUAUGCAAAGCCAUGUGGAAGACUUCCUGCCAUUUUUAACAAACCCUAAUACAGGAGAUCUGUAUACGCUAGAAGAUUUUAGAAAGUACUGUGAUGAUGUUGUAAACACAGCUGCAUGGGGAGGUCAGCUUGAGCUAAGAGCACUGUCUCACGUUUUACAAACCCCGAUAGAAGUAAUACAGGCAGAUUCUCCUCCUAUUAUAGUUGGUGAAGAGUACCCGAAAAACCCAUUAAUGCUUGUAUACAUGAGGCAUGCGUAUGGGUUAGGAGAACAUUACAAUUCUGUUACACAGUUGAUAAGAACUACUGAAAAUUGCAGCUAGUUUAUAAAAUGUUGCUUAAUUAUGUUUUAGUGCAGUGUGACGAUCUGAGUAUUCAUAUCAAGUGCUGGAUUGUUCUAAAUGUUACUGAAAAACACAGCUACCUUAAAUGAGUUUUUUGGCAAAGCUAUUAACAAGUUUUUCAGAAAUGUAUCAGAGAUA